GGCCGAUUACUGGAAAUCUCAGCCAAAAAAAUUCUGCGAUUACUGCAAGUGCUGGAUAGCAGACAACAGACCUAGCAUUGAGUUUCAUGAAAGAGGAAAGAAUCAUAAAGAAAAUGUGGCAAAAAGAAUUAGUGAGAUUAAAAAGAAAAGCUUGGAAAAAGCAAAAGAAGAAGAAAACAUGUCAAAAGAAUUUGCAGCAAUGGAGGAGGCUGCAAUGAAAGCAUAUCAAGAGGAUUUGAAAAGGCUUGGAAUUAAGCCAGAUGAUGUAGGUCCCAGUUCGACACAGAGUAAAACACAGAGUAACACAGUGGAAACUAAAGGAAAAAAAGAAAAGAAAGAGAAGAAGGAAAAGAAGGAAAAGAAAGAAAAGAAAAAAAAGAUGUCUCAGGACACCUCAAUGCCACCAAAAAUUGAAACAAAGGACUGGGUGCAAGGAUUUUCUCCUGAAGGCUAUACAUACUACUACAACACCAGAACAGGAGAAUCACAGUGGGAGAAACCUAAAGGAUUCCAAGGCAACUCUCAAAACUCGCGAAUGGCAGCAGAGUGGGUAGAAGGUGUCACUGAAGAUGGUCAUACCUAUUACUAUAACACACAAACAGGAGUAUCCACAUGGGAGAAACCGGAUGGUUUUGUUUCAUCUUCAAAUGAGAAGAGUCAGCGUGACAAGCGUUCUGAAGAGCUUGCAGAAACAGAUUCCAAAGCAUCUGAAUCAGACUCGGAAGAUAGUGAAAAUGAAGCACAGAGUUCAGAAAAAAAUUUCAAGAGGAAAGGAGAUAAUCGUGAAGGAUCAGAGGAAGGGAAAAAAUCUUCCAAAGCUAAAAAGUUAAGUCCUUAUGGGAAAUGGCGAGAAGUUAAGCCACAAGAAACUGUUGAUAAAGAGGGGAGUACAUCAGCUUCCCAAGAAACCUCUAGUGAUGCACCUAACAAGACCAACCCUUAUGGAAAAUGGAAACCAAUUACAGAAGAAAAAGAAGAAGAAGAAGAAGAAGAAGAACCCAGUGAAAAAGUGGACCUGGAGCUUCCUAGUGCAGAGAGUGAAAAUCUUUCACCUCCAGUGCUAGAGGUUCCAGAAGAUGCAACAGUGAUAUUUAAAGAGAAGACAGUCACCUCCCUUGGAGACCUGACAGAAGGGGUGCCAACAUUUAAAAAAAGGAAAUUUGAAAAUGGAAAAUCUAGAAACUUAAGACAAAGACUAAGUGAUCAGUAA